AAAGGAAGUACCUUCCUUGUUGUCCUUCUCUGCCAUCUUUUUGUUUGCUGUACUUUUUCUUUUCUCCUUCACUUCAAUUCCCAAAUCUUACUUUUCGUUCUUCGUAGGUUUUUCUCUCACUCUCCUAUUCAAUCUCCAAGAUAUCUAUUGCCUCUGAAUUCUAUAUACAUAUUCUACUUGGGUAUGGUGUGAAAGUUGGAAAGCAUCUAUACCUCUGAUUUCUCUACCUGCUUAUAGUCAGAAAGAACUAAAUCAUGGGACAAGCUUUGGGCUGUAUUCAAGUGGGUCAGUCAACUGUGGGAAUCAGUGAAAGAUUUGGUAAAUUUGAAGAUAUUCUUGAACCUGGAUGCCACUGUGUUCCAUGGUGCCUUGGGAGCCAGUUAGCGGGUCAGCUCACUUUGCGUGUGCAGCAACUUGAUGUUCGUUGUGAAACCAAAACUAAGGAUAAUGUGUUCGUAACAGUGGUUGCCUCCGUGCAAUAUCGAGCACUGGCAGAAAAGGCAUCAGAUGCAUUUUAUAAGCUCAGUAACACUAGGGAACAGAUCCAAGCUUAUGUGUUUGAUGUUAUCCGUGCUAGUGUACCAAAGCUGGAACUUGAUUCUUCAUUUGAGCAGAAGAAUGAUAUUGCAAAGGCUGUUGAACAAGAGCUGGAAAAGGCUAUGUCAGCCUACGGGUAUGAGAUAGUUCAGACUCUUAUUGUGGACAUUGAGCCUGACGUGAAUGUCAAGAGAGCAAUGAAUGAGAUCAAUGCUGCUGCUAGGAUGAGACUGGCUGCAAACGAGAAGGCUGAAGCAGAAAAGAUACUGCAAAUAAAGAAAGCUGAAGGGGAGGCAGAAUCCAAGUAUCUUGCAGGGUUGGGUAUCGCGCGACAGCGACAAGCUAUUGUAGAUGGAUUGAGAGACAGUGUGCUCAACUUCUCUGAGAGUGUGCCAGGAACAACUGCCAAGGAUGUGAUGGACAUGGUUUUGGUGACCCAGUAUUUUGAUACAAUGAGAGAGAUUGGUGCGUCAUCAAAGGCAUCCUCUGUGUUCAUUCCUCACGGGCCAGGUGCUGUUAAAGACAUCGCAACACAAAUCAGAGAUGGCCUCCUUCAAGCACAAACAAUGGAGCGGUAAUGGGUACAAUCUUAUGUGGAAAAUAUUGUGUAGAUAUUGCUUGGAAAUAUUUAGCAUGGGGUGGUUUGAUUUGGUAUUGUUGAAGUUCCUUAUAGUAUUGUAUUGCAGCUAUUUAUAGAAUACCUUACCACAGUGGUUUUAGUAAUACGUGUAGGAAAAUCUUAUAUGCAACCUUUUAAGAUUAUUUUUUUUAUGGUGAGUUUGCGACUCGAUUGUACAUAUGUUCUGAGUUUACGACUUGAUUGUGCAUAUUGUUUGAGAUUGUUCAUCAAUUGAGUCUUAGAUAUUUGAUCAGAAGCAGCAAAAGUCACGUGCUACCUAUCGAAU